UAAAUGGGUUGAAUGUUCUAAAAAAAGACGUCGAACUAGAUUACAAUCUCUAGUUGAGGAUCUUAUCUUCAUCUACUUCUUACUCAUGGCUCCUCUUAUAUAAUGACAAUUGCAUAACGUACUAAUUAACUAAACCUCAGAGCAAAAGAAGAACAAGAAACUCUAAUGGCGGAUAAGGAAUAUGAGAGGACUUUAGAGGAGACCUCUACGUGGACAGUCGCUGUGGUUUGCUUCGUCUUAAUACUCAUUUCGCUUUUUAUCGAACACUUGAUUCACAAAAUUGGAUCCUGGCUCAAAAAGAAGCACAAGGGGAAUCUUUAUGAAGCCCUUGAAAAAGUUAAAGCAGAGCUUAUGCUGUUGGGAUUCAUAUCACUACUCUUAACAGUCGCACAAACACCAAUCUCAAGUUUCUGCAUUCCCAAGAGUGUUGCAUCAUCAAUGCGCCCUUGCAGCGCCGCAGAAAUAGCUAAAAAGGAAUUAGAUAAAAAAGAAGCCGAUAAACAAAAAUCCACCGGAAAACUUCUCCUUGAGUUAGCUGAAUCUUACAUCCCUAGAAGAAGUUUAGCCACCAAAGGUUACAACGAAUGCCCAAAGGGGAAAGUGCCUUUUGUAUCUGCUUACGGAAUCCACCAGCUGCACAUAUUCAUUUUCGUGCUCGCGGUGGUUCAUGUUAUUUACUGCAUUGUUACUUAUGCUUUGGGAAAGACCAAGAUGAGGAAGUGGGAGAAGUGGGAGGAAGAGACAAAGACAAUAGAAUAUCAAUACUCCAACGAUCCUGGGAGGUUCAGGUUUGCGAGGGACACAACUUUCGGACGAAGACAUCUCAAUGCCUGGAGCAAGACGAGUGUUACGCUCUGGACUGUUUGUUUUUUCAGACAGUUCUUUGGAUCUGUCACCAAAGUUGAUUACUUAACUUUGCGGCAUGGUUUCAUCACGGCGCGAUUUGCUCCUGGGAGCGGGAGCGAAAAAAUGCCAUAUGAUUUUCGCAACUAUAUUCAGAGAUCAUUAGAAAAAGACUUUAAAACUGUUGUCGAGAUCAGCCCCGUCAUCUGGUUUGUAACUGUGCUAUUCCUCUUGACCAACUUAGAUGGACUACAUUCUUACCUCUGGUUACCAUUCAUUCCUCUGAUUGUGGUUCUAAUAGUUGGAACAAAGCUUCAAGUGAUUAUAACCAAAUUGGGUCUAAGAAUCCAAGAGAAAGGCGAUGUGGUAAGAGGCGCCCCUCUGGUUAAGCCUGGUGAUGAUCUCUUCUGGUUUGACAAACCUAGCUUCAUGAUUUUCCUUAUCCAUUUGGUUCUUUUCACGAAUGCAUUUCAACUUGCUUUCUUUGCAUGGAGUUCGUAUGAAUUUGGUAUCAGUAAUUGUUUCCAUAAAGAGCCUCAAGAUAUUACCAUUAGAAUUGUAGUUGGACUUGUUGUACAGAUACUUUGCAGCUAUGUGACUCUUCCACUCUAUGCUCUUGUCACUCAGAUGGGUACUACGAUGAAGCCAACGGUAUUCAACGGAAGAGUAUCCAAGAUGCUAAAGAAGUGGCAUCACAAAGCACAGGAGGAGACACAACACGGAAGACGCUCUGAAUCGAACACACCUUACCCUAGCCGUCCAACUACACCAACUCAUGGCUCAUCUCCCAUCCAUCUUCUUCACAAUUACAACGACCGAAGCAUUGAAAGUUUUCCUAAUCCUCCUUCUCCUAAUCAUCAUGACCACUACCAGUUUUAUGAUCCUGAGUCCCAACACAAAGCAGCUGAAUCUUCCACACAUCAUUCUACUGCACAUGGAAGUGCAUCCAUGGAACUUCCUCCUCUACGACCAGCAAACGCUUAAAUAUAUAUGUUACAUUAAAAUUGUUAUGUUGUGCAAUUGUUAUAUUACAAUAAGCACUUUUACAUUACUACAUGUAUCAUGUAUGAGACCCUUAACCAUCUAUAAAGAUGGAUGAUGUAUUAUCUGUCCACCCUUAUAAGGAUUUCUCGAAUUUAAAGAUA